AUGGAGAGGGAGGGGGAAGGGUCAGAGUUGAUGCCUAAGGCCUACUCCACACGUAUAGUAGGAGGUAUCUGGUGGUUCUUCACCCUGAUUAUCAUCUCCUCCUACACGGCCAACCUGGCUGCCUUCCUCACCGUGGAGAGGAUGGACGCCCCCAUCGACUCCGCUGACGACCUGGCUAAACAAACCCGUAUAGAAUACGGCUCAGUCAGGGACGGGUCUACCAUGACCUUCUUCAAGAAAUCUAAGAUCUCCACCUAUGAGAAGAUGUGGGCGUUUAUGAGCAGCAGGAAGAACACAGCUCUGGUGAAGAACAACCGAGAGGGGAUCACCAGGGUCCUGACCACAGACUACGCUAUGUUGAUGGAGUCUACCAGCAUAGAGUACAUCAGUCAGAGGAACUGUAACCUCACGCAGAUCGGAGGACUCAUAGACUCCAAGGGCUACGGAGUGGGCACACCAAUAGGCUCCCCUUACAGAGACAAGGUGACUAUCGCCAUCCUGCAGCUGCAGGAAGAAGGGAAGCUCCACAUGAUGAAGGAGAAAUGGUGGAGAGGGAACGGUUGUCCUGAGGAGGACAACAAAGAAGCCAGCGCGUUGGGCGUGGAGAACAUCGGCGGUAUCUUCAUCGUCCUGGCGGCCGGACUCGUCCUGUCUGUGUUCGUAGCCAUCGGAGAGUUCAUCUACAAGGCCAGGAAGAACUCUGACAUAGAGGAGGCCUUUUGUUUCUUCUACGGGGUUCAGUCCCGCCAGUUCCAGCGUCGUGACAGCGCCUCCUCCUCCUCUGCCACCUCUCUGUCCACUGACCUGGAGAGCGGUCGGCUGCUGGGAGACGAUGAUGACAUAGACUCUGUCAUGGAGGAGCUGGGUAUCUCCCUGCGCUGUCACAAAACCAUCAGGCGAAGGUCACGACCCCGAGGACGAUCUGGAUUGGCCAGCGUCCUCUGUCACCCCAAACGCAUCCUGAGGAAAGAGACCAUGGCGUAG